AUGAAGAAGAUCUUUGCGAUGCUCCUGCAAUCUGGAGAGCAUAGCGAUUUAACACUCAUGUGCAAGGGCCGGGAAUUUAAAGUUCACAAGGCCAUCGUAUGCACACAGUCUCCCAUCAUUGAUAGAAUGAUCAAAAGCAAGCUCAAGGAAGCGCAAACCAACACGAUCGAAGUCAAAUUUGAACUCCACAUACUAAAAUGCAUGCUCAACUAUAUGUAUACAACCGAUUACAAGGUGGAACUUCCUUCUACCGAAGAGAAUUCAAAGCAAGAAGCUUCAGCGCAACCCGCCGCCAACAAACGAGUGCAAGUUUUCCCAACCACUGCCGAGGUUUUGCUCUACCACGCACAUGUAAAUGACAUUGCCGAAUAUUAUGACGUUACAGAUCUGGCUGUACUUUCAGCUGAGAGAAUUGCCUGCUUGCUUCAGAAACCAUUCUCAGCGGAGACCUUUUGCGACUUUAUCGAGAAGACUGAGGGUUUGACCGGAGACCAGAAUCUUCAACAGAAACUAACCGCAAUUGCUGCUUCGAAUAUUGUUGCCCUCUUGGAGAAAGAUUUUUUCUCUACUAAGGAAAUUGGGAACAAUAUGGCCUCUGGGGUCCUCCAGGGUGUUACGAAGCCGUUCAAAGCCUAUCAGGCUAAAGUGAUCAAACUUCAAGGCAAGCUACGAGCUCAAGACCUGGAAAUUUCGCGCCUUACGAAAUCCAGUCUUCAGCUACAUGAAAAUCUAGACGAGCUUGUCAAGGUUUCGACGUCUACACGCGCGUGUGUCAAGUCAAGUUGUAUGGUCAGAUUCGGAUCUAUAAUCGAACCACCCUCACAGAAUUUGGAAGGUCGUUGGAUGAUUCGCUGCGCCUCUUGUGGUUGUCGGUAUGUGUACAGCCAGGAAAAGAAGGCUGGUGUCAUUGCACCACCGCCGGCAAAAGCUUAGUGAACAAGCUACUACAGACUUGGAAUCAUACCUUGCACAGCGGAAUAAGCCAGGGAAGCAUCAACUGUGUGAUAAACAGCAUCAAUUCCUGGUUUCUGAGAACGUAAGCGGAGGAUGGAC